AAGUUGCAUUGAAUUUAAAAGUAUAUAGAGAAUAUACAUCUCUGAUUGUCCAGAAUAUAUUGAUGUAUGUCAAUGUGUAUGAUAUGUUAAUCCAUAUUUUUGGAAGUUUCAUGGAUUAAUCCAUGUCCAAACAUAUAUGAUAAACUUUAUGUUAAGAAAGUAGGGAAAAUAAAAACUUCCUAUACACGUUUCCUAUACGGUUCUAUAGAAUUGUUAAAAAUAUGCAAGAAAUUGGGACAGAAUCGAUUAUGUUGACACUUGUAAAAGCUAUUUUUGAGUGUGCAACAAAAAAAAUGGAAUUAGCGGUAAUUAUAUAGUAAUACUAUCACUUUGUUAGCGUGUUCGCUCUUAUUAUUAAUAUCAUUACAAUAUGAUUCAUGAUUUUAGGCGGCUUUGCCUUCCCUUAUAUCGAAUCCUGAAUUAUCUCUAAUCCUCACAACUGACGAAAUGAACACAAUAAACGAUGUCUUAAUUUUACGCAAUAUUGAAUUUUGUCCUAAAUGUUUACCGCAAUCAGGUGAUACGAGAUACGAAUCUUUAAAAAAUACACCAAUAAUAUCUUUUUAAAGAUUUCUGAAAUUGGUGUAAUAUUUGUUUUCCUUUCAUGUGCAAAUAUGUGUGCCCUGGAAUCGUAUAUAUACACGCCGUCAUUGACGAUUUGAAAUUAAUUUAUAAUCUAUAAUCGUAAAACUUAUCUUUAUACUUUAGCAUUUAUUAACAAGAAUUCAAAGACGAGUGUAUGCAUUAAAGAAACUUGGUACGACAUAUCCAGAUUUGACCAUGCAGUUUGUAAGGCACUAAAGAUUCUUGAUAAACGUAUCGAUGUUCUUCACACGAGUCCUCGACGUAAACAGAUCUCAAUGACAUCGGCUUUAUUUCUGUGCCACAUUCAUUAUUUUUUAGAGCAUAUUUCACGCAGAAUGUAUGUUAUGCCGGGAGAAGGGAGAAGCAAAGAAUUACAUUACAGAAAAUUGUGGCAUUGUCAGAAGAAAUCUAUUGUAGAUGUUGCCAGAUUUACUACGGAUCUGGAGAGGCAACGAAUUAAUCAUAGAAACACGCUCGAAGACGUAGUCAAGCGAUAUAAAAAAAAUAUAGUCGCUAUCGAUGGUAUUGACAAAAGAUGCAACGAAUACGUCACAAAUACAAAUACGAGAUAUGAGAAGAAACAAAUUGCCGUAUGCAAAGCGUGGGAAUACGAGCGAAAUGAAAUACAGGUAGCAUUGGGAAAUGUUACCGAUGAUCUCGAGUUCUUAAAAGACGUAAAUACGAAAUUAGAAGAAACAAUCCGUAAGCGAAAAUUGACGACCGAAUCAAAGUUAUUGGCAAUAAUGAUUAAGUACGAUACAGAAAUUGGCAGUAGAUGUAAAACGUUGGAAGAGCUUAGCGAGGUAUACAAAUAUAACGAGCUGGAGAAACACGAUUUAGAGAAAGAGAUGAAACGGCAAGAGGAAGCAUACCUUGUUUUUAUUAAACGGAAAGAGAAAACUGGAAUAACAUAUUUCUAUAAAUCUUUAGCUUUGUUCGAACAAGCACACUCCGCGAGGAUUAUUCAACGUUGGUGGCGCAAGAUUUUCUGGGAUAGAAAAGGAAAGGAAGAAGUUGAGAAAGAAAAGAAAGUACAACAUUAUUUUUAGUUACAAUAAUUAAAUCUUGGUAUGUAUAAUAUAUUAUAACAUACAUCCAUUAUGCAAACAUAGUAUAUUCGAAUACUAUAUUAAAUAGAAGCAUGCUAUGCAAUAAACGUAAUUAUAUCUAAAUAUGCAGAGAACUUGGUUACGCGAGUGUUAUUGAUGACAUUAUCGAAACAGGUAACUGAACGAAUAUAUAUGCAGAUUUUUCAAUUAAACUUUCUCUUUCAAUCUCUCUUCUCAUGUAUAUUUAUAUAUAUAUAAUACUUAUUUUACUGAAAACAUUCCGUACUUUUGAAAUUGAUACAAGGGUACACAUUAGCGAGGAAUAAAUAAGUCACAAAUAAAUAAAUAAAUAUACACUUACUAAGAAAUAAAGUUUGAUUGAAAGCUACCGUUUUAUAAAUUAAAGUAUUGUAAUAUAAAUUGUAAUGUGUUGUGU